AUGGAUAAUAACGUUCACAUGAGUGGCCUGAUGAGUCGUCACGAUGACGAAGCUACAAGGACAUCAACUUCAGAAGGGCUGGAGGAGGGUGAGGUGGAAGGGGAGACUCUCCUGAUUGUUGAAUCUGAGGAUCAGGCUUCAGUGGAUUUAUCCCAUGAUCAGAGUGGGGACUCCUUGAACAGUGAUGAGGGGGAUGCAUCCUGGAUGGAGGAGAUGUCCUAUUACUGUGAGAAGUGUCAGAAGUGGAUACCAGCAAGUCAGCUGAGAGAACAACUCAGCUACCUCAAGGGAGAUAACUUUUUCAGGUUUACUUGCUCUGAUUGUUCAGAAGAUGGGAAGGAGCAGUUUGAACGGCUGAGACUAACCUGGCAGCAAGUUGUCAUGCUGGCGAUGUACAACCUGUCUCUGGAAGGAACUGGCCGUCAAGGAUACUUCAGAUGGAAAGAAGAUAUUUGUGCUUUUAUUGAGAAACACUGGACUUUCCUAUUAGGGAACAGGAAGAAGACUUCAACUUGGUGGAGCACUGUUGCUGGCUGUCUUUCUGUAGGGAGCCCCUUGUUUUUUCGCUCAGGAGCACAGGAAUUCGGAGAACCAGGAUGGUGGAAACUUGUUCACAAUAAGCCUCCUACGAUGAAACCUGAAGCAGAGAAGCUCUCUGCAUCUGCACUGAAAGCAAAAGCAGCUUCAAAACCACCUCUGGAUCCCAUCAUUACAGUGGAGGGGCUGAGGAAGCGGGUGAGCCGCAAUCCUGUAGAGUCAGCAAUGGAGUUGAAGGAGAAGAGGUCUCGCACUCAAGAAGCCAAGGACAUUAGGAGAGCCCAGAAGGAGGCAGCUGGCUUCCUGGACCGAAGCACCUCUUCCACUCCUGUCAAAUUCACCAGCCGAGGCCGUCGCCCUGACAUGGUCCUUGAGAAGGGAGAGGUGAUUGACUUCUCAUCUUUGAGCUCCUCGGAUCGAACUCCUCUGACAAGCCCGUCUCCUUCCCCAUCUCUGGACUUCUCUGCUCCUGGGACGCCAGCUUCCCAUUCAGCUACUCCCAGCCUGCUCUCAGAAGCAGAUCUCAUCCCGGAUGUAAUGCCGCCACAGGCCUUGUUUCAUGAUGAUGAAGAGAUGGAAGGAGAUGGAGUCAUAGAUCCAGGAACAGAGUACAUUCCCCCUCCUAGUGGGCCAAUGGGUGCUGGGCCUAUGAUAGUGAGCAGAAAGAAAGUGAAAACGCCGGAGCAGAUCAAGCAAGAGGUGGAGAGUGAAGAAGAGAAAGCAGAGAGGAUGGAAGGUGAUAGCGAAGACCCGGAAGAUUCAAAUUCAUCCCUACAGGCCAGGGGGCGAGACAAGAGGAAGCCACAGGUGGAGAAGGACAAUAAGCCCAAAGCUCCCAAGUACACAUCUGUUAGCAUCUAUGAGGAAAAGCUGCUUCUGAAGAGGCUGGAGGCCUGUCCCAAUGCCGUGAGCAUGACCCCAGAGGCCCGGAGGUUGAGGCGCAAGCUGAUAGUCCGGCAGGCCAAGAGGGAAAGGGGGCUGCCACUCUUUGACUUGGACCAGGUUGUGAAUGCUGCUCUGCUCUUGGUUGAUGGGAUCUAUGGAGCCAAAGAAAGAGGCAUUUCCAGGCUGCCAGCAGGGCAUGCAACAUACAGAACAACUAGCCAGGACUUCAGAAUCCUGGACAGGUACCAGACUACACUGCCUGCUAUGAAGGGAUAUAGGCACCAGACAACAAAAUUUCUGUACCGACUGGUAGGCUCAGAAGACUUGUUGACAGACCACAGCAUCGUCAGUCCCUACACGUCUCGUGUCCUGAAACCUUACAUCAGGCGUGACCAUGAGACCAAGCCUCCUAAACUCCAGCUGCUGGCAGAAAUCUGUGCCCAUCCACACAAGAAUGAUCCUGACUGGAAGGCUGAGCCUGAAGCGCCCAUCGAUUACUGCUAUGUUCGCCCGAACCACAUCCCCACUAUCAACUCCAUGUGCCAUGAAUUCUUCUGGCCUGGAAUUGAUUUGUCAGAAUGCCUGCAGUAUCCAGACUUCAGCGUUGUUGUCCUUUACAAAAAAGUCAUCAUUGCAUUUGGCUUCAUGGUGCCAGACGUGAAAUACAAUGAAGCUUACAUCUCUUUUCUGUUUGUUCACCCUGAGUGGAGAAGAGCGGGGAUUGCAACCUUUAUGAUCUACCAUCUUAUUCAGACCUGCAUGGGCAAAGAUGUUACUCUUCACGUCUCUGCAAGCAACUCCGCUAUGCUGCUGUACCAAAAAUUUGGAUUUAAGACUGAAGAAUACAUUUUGGAUUUUUACGACAAAUAUUACCCCUUAGAUAGCAAGGAGUGCAAGCAUGCAUUCUUCCUGAGAUUGCGACGAUAAUAUACCACGGAUACACAGAGCGCUGUGGAAAACCUGAUAGGCUGAAUUAAGAGUUGC